AUUAAAAUCUCCAAUGGAAGAUCUCUGGUGUCUAUGUGAAUGUUUCUAAAUAAAAGUGCUUGUGUUGAAUUUUGUGGUUAGGGGUCGUGUUGGGUACAUGGUAGGCGAUUAAAUGGCUUACUCUCGGAAACUUAUUGUCAGUUGCCUACGAAAACAGUUGUCGAGGAAAAACUACCAAUACUUACAGAAAAAGGCGUAUUCAACGGCAGAUGUAAAUGCAAAGGAUGAUGAAAUAUUGGUGGACAAAGUAUUUGAUGUAACCACUAUUGGUAUCAAUAGACCAAACAAGAGAAACUGUGUAAACCCUGAAGUUGCAAGAAAACUCCGAGCAGCUGUUACAAAUUUUGAAGAUGACCCUUCUUCCUCAGUUGCUGUUUUGUAUGGUACUGGAGGCAACUUCUGUUCUGGAUUUGAUCUGGAAACUUUGGCAGAAGUGAAGAGUUUUGAGAAUUUACGCAAGGAAAUUGCAGCAGGAGGAAUGGGAUUAACAAGAAGGAUUACAAAGAAACCUCUAAUAGCUGCUGUCAGUGGCUAUGCUGUAGCUGGUGGUUUUGAACUUGCAUUACUGUGUGAUCUUAGGGUUGUUGAAGAAACAGCAGUCAUGGGAGUAUUCUGUCGACGAUUUGGUGUACCACUUGUAGAUGGUGGCACUGUCCGCCUACAAGCAAUGGUUGGCCUGUCACGAGCACUGGAUUUGAUUCUAACAGGACGACCAAUUAAAGCCAAAGAAGCCUUUGAGUGGGGUCUUGCAAAUCGAGUGGUUGCCUGUGGAACAGCCCUGAGUCAAGCAGUCCAGCUUGCUUCGUCUUUAGUGAAGUUCCCACAAGCAUGUAUGUUAGCAGACAGGGAUUCAGUUUAUAACAGUGCCUUCAAUGCAAAAACCUUUGCUGAAGGAAUGGAGUAUGAAAAGAAUAGUGCAUCUGAUGAAGUCAUAGCUGAGGCUGUUAAAGGAGCAAGAAGGUUCCUCUCUGGCACUGGAAAGCAUGGGACAACUCAAAACUCGACAGAAGAUUUUUCACCACAAUGACACUAGUUUUACUUUAAAUAUCAUAUGUAUAAUACUUGACUCUAUAAUGACACUUGGUAAUGUUUCAUGAAAUAAAUUUUAUUUUAUCAAAAAUA